UUUUUUUAUUAUUUUCUAAAGAUCCCCGUUCACAUACAUCUCAGCUUCGAUCCCAAAAACUUGCAUACACGUACAUCGUUCAUUUCUAACUUCCCCCGCAUAUCAACCACGGUAUUCUGACUGCAUUUCAACCACAGUAUUCCGACUGCAAGUAGAAUGAAAUUUAAGCUAAGUAUGUCGACAUUCAAAGGGGCAUGCAACGCCAAACACACACCAUCAACUUCACUGGAGAUAGAUGUUCGUGAAGAGUAUGCCAAUGCAUUCAGAACACAAUCAUACAUAGACUUUUGGACUCGAGUCCUUGACUCAUCCCAUGGUGGUUCGACUAUAAACCAUACAAUAAGCUCGGUGGCUGCAGCCCGGCUCCCAUCAUAUCGUCUAUUUGCUGAGAACUUGCUUGAUCCUGAUCAACCCACGGUCACCAGCAUACUCACCUUGGCCAAUCACAAGCCCGAAAACCACACCCUUUUAUCAGAUUAUUUCUGUGAAACCGCCAAUGCUUCCGUCGUUUGUGGGUCUCUUUUAGAAGAUAUAAAUCAUUUGAGGUCGAAAUAUAAAUCUCUCAAAACGGCUUUAAAGUCGUUGGAAACCACAAAAGUAUCAUGUGUAAGUCAUAGCCGGAUCAUAGCAGCCCGGUUGGCUGACUUCUCUAACUCGUUUAACCCAUUCAUGAUCCCCACGUCAGGUCCACGUGGGGUCCAGUCGGUUCAAGUCGCAUGCUUGAAUUUGCUAAAAAGGCUUGAGUUGAGUCGAGACAAGGCUCAAGCAAAGCUUAAACGUGUCAACAACCUCAAAUAUGGCUCUGCCAUCACUAUCGUUGUGUUAACCGUUUCAUUAACGGUUAUUAUUGUAACUCAUGCUCUAGCCAUUCUCGUGGCUGCUCCUGGGAUUAUAGUCGCGACCAGGAAGUUUGGUUCAAGUAAUGGCCUGGCCAAGUUAUCUGCUCAACUUGAUGUCGCCGCUAAAGGGACAUAUAUAUUGAAUCGAGAUUUGGAUACAAUAAGUCGAUUAGUAGCUCGACUUAACGAUGAACUCGAGCAUAUGCAAGCAACAACGAAGUUUUGGCUCAAGAGGGGACAUAGCCGGAUUCAAAGUAUAGAAGAAUUUGGUCGACAGUUGAAGAAAAACGACUUGAGUUUCUGUGAACAACUUGAUGAGUUAGAGGAGCAUUUGUACUUAUGUUUCAUGACCAUCAAUCGAUCAAGAAAUCUUGUUAUCAAGGAAAUUUCGGAUCCUGGUUUGGUUUCUUGAUUCAAAAAGUUAUCCUUUCUUGAGAAUAAACUCAUUUCGUAACCAUCUCAUUUGACAGUUUGUA